GAAGUCUGAGUAUAUUCUGAUCAUAAGAGCCGUGGAUGGUGGGGUGGGGCCACAGCAGAAAAUCGGCAUCGCUACGGUGAACAUCACUAUUCUGGACAUAAAUGAUAACGCCCCCAUGUGGCGAGAUGAGCCGUAUCAAGCAAACGUUGUGGAGAUGAGUCCCAUCGAUACCGACGUCAUUACUAUAUUAGCGGUGGACCCUGAUUAUGGUGAUAAUGGGACGGUGGUUUAUUCCAUAAAUCCAGAGAACCCCUUCUACACCAUCAACCGCAACACUGGGAAGAUCCGCACCAGUGGAGCUGUGCUGGACAGAGAGAGUCAAAACGCCCGGUCCGCACAGCUUAUGAGGACCAUCGUUAUCUCUGCUACCGACCGUGGGACACCUCCACUGCGCUCUUCAGCCAGCACUACGGUGUAUGUGAACCUCCUGGACCUCAAUGACAACGACCCUGCCUUUCUCAACCUCCCAUUUGUUGCUGAAGUACCAGAGGGGCUUUCUAUUGGAUCUUCUGUGUUCAGGGUGCAGGUGCAGGACCCUGAUGAAGGUGACAAUGGCGCGGUGACCAUGGCUCUUCAGAUGGGGAUGCCGCGGCUGGACUUCAGGCUCAACAUCACCACAGGAAUCCUGUUUUCCACGGCAGUGCUGGACCGCGAGCAGAUUGGCCAGUAUUAUCUGAGAAUUAUUGCGUAUGACGCAGGCCAGUUUCCACGAACGUCCACGAGCACUCUCACCAUCACAGUUUUGGACAUGAAUGAUGAGACGCCAACCUUCUAUCCCAGCGUUUAUAACGUAUCGUUGGAUGAGAACGUGCCCCGUGAUUAUGUGCUGGUCAGACUGAACUGCACAGACAAUGACGCGGGUCUUAACGCAGAGCUCAGCUAUUUUAUCACAGGAGGGAACCAAGAUGGAAAGUUUAGCGUGGGCUUCCGGACCGGUGUGGUACGGACCGUGGUGGGUCUGGAUCGGGAGACUCAGGGCUCGUACAGGCUGGUGAUUGAAGCGAUUGAUAAUGGUCCAGCGGGAGGACGGAGAACAGGCACAGCUACAGUAUAUGUGGAGGUGCUGGACGUCAAUGACAACAGGCCUAUAUUUAUCCAGAACAGCUAUGAGACCAGCGUCCUGGAGAACAUAUCAAGAGGAACUAGUAUAUUACAGGUUCAGGCCACAGAUGCGGAUCAGGGGGAGAAUGGAAGAGUUCUGUACAGGAUUCUCUCCGGAAACAAUGGUCAGUUUAGCAUGGACAGUCUGUCUGGACUCAUCAGCAGAGGAACUGUGGCUCUGGACCGAGAGACGCGCAGCUCUCAUGUGCUGGAGGUGGAGGCCUACAACAGUGACCAGGGCAGCAUGCGCAGCUCUGUCAGGGUGAUUGUGUACGUGGAGGACGUGAAUGACGAGUCUCCAGUCUUCACUCAGUCGCAGUACAAUCGUCUGGGGCUCAGAGAGACUGCUGGGAUUGGUACAUCUGUGGUAGUGGUCCGAGCUACAGACCCCGACACAGGGGAUGGGGGAGCUGUGGCAUACGCUCUGGUCUCCGGUUCUGACCGUAAGUUUGAGGUGGAUAUGAGUACGGGGCUGGUGACCACAGUGGAUUACUUGGACUACGAGACCAAGACCAGCUAUUUAAUGAACGUCUCAGCCACGGAUCAGUCAGCGCCGUUCCACCGCGGCUACUGCACCGUUUACGUCACUUUACUCAAUGAACUGGACGAAGCCGUAGCCUUUCUAUCAGCCGGAUACGAGAUAUCACUGAGGGAGAACAUCGCCACAGGAACGGAGGUGGUCCAGGUGAAGGCGCAGUCGGCUGAUAACCUGAACCAGCUGACGUACCGCUUCGACCCCGACACCUCACCUGCUGCCCUGGCGCUCUUUAAGAUCGACAGCAUCACGGGCCGUAUUACUGUGACGGGACAGUUGGACAGAGAACAGGGGGAUUCAUACACUCUCACGGUUGUGGCCGAUGAUGGAGGACCCAAGAGAGACUCCACUGUGAAGGUUUCAAUCACCAUUCUCGACGAGAAUGACAACAGCCCAGAGUUUGACAUCACUUCGGAUUUGUCGGUGGCUAUUCCAGAGGACACUCCCAUUGGCCAGAGAGUCGCGGUCGUGUUGGCACGGGACAAAGACGCUGGAAGAAAUGGAUUGGUCAAUUUCACCUUGAUCGCAGGGAACAUGCAGGACGUGUUUAAGAUCAACACAGCCAAUAACACGUAUGGAGAGGUUUACUUGAAUGCCCGUCUGGACCGUGAGGCCGUGGACCGCUACCUGCUAAAAGUGCGGGCGACGGAUAAUGGCUCCCCUCCGAGGUUCACAGAUGUGUCGCUCACUGUGAAUAUUAUGGAUGUAAACGAUAACCCUCCAGUGAUGCAGAGCCCUCGUGGAUACAACGUCAGCGUCAAUGAGAAUGUAGGGGGUGGUACAGCGGUCCUGCGUGUCGUAGCGACGGAUCGUGACAUCGGACCCAACGCCAUGCUGUCGUACUACAUCACCGGUGGGAACCAGGACCUGACCUUCAGAAUAGACCGUAUGACGGGAGAGAUAGUGACCCGACCGUCACCUCCUGACAGAGAAAAACAGCAGCAGUACACACUCACCGUGACUGUGGAAGACGAUGGCACGCCACCUUUAUCAACGUCCACCACCGUGUGGGUGCAAAUAAUUGAUGAAAAUGACAACGCACCUGAGUUUCCGGAGGAAGAGUAUGUGACGGAGCUCAGAGAGGGGCCAAACACUGUAGGAGCCAUCAUCGCCACAGUUACAGCCAUCGACCCUGACGAAGAUCUCAACGGAACCAUCCGUUAUGCCAUCUCCAGGGGCAACCUGGCCCAGACCUUCCAGAUCAAUAGCGUAACGGGUCAGAUUGUUGUCUUUAAGGAACUGGAUUAUGAGAUCAGUAACGGUCACUAUGUGCUGACGGUCACAGCCACAGACCAGUGUCCUAUACCUCAGUUUAGACUGACCUCUAGCACCACAGUCCUGGUGAAUGUGGUCGACGUGAACGAUAACGCACCCAUCUUCCCGAGUUCAUUCGAAGGUCCGUUUGAUAUCCCAGAGGGUCAGCCGGGCCCACGUGUCUGGACCGUUAGAGCCACGGAUGCCGACUCUGGAUCCAAUGGAAAAGUGGAGUACAGCAUCACUGCAGGGGACCUGAAAAAUGAGUUUGUAAUCUCUUCAGUUGAGGGAGAGUUGAGAGUGAGGAGAGAUGUAGAGCUGGACAGAGAAACUAUCGCCUAUUACAACAUCACCAUUACUGCCAAAGAUCUGGGAACGCCAGCGCUCAGCGCUAUGGUGACAGUGGGCAUUCAGGUGUUGGACAUUAAUGAUAACGACCCCGUCCUGCUCAACUUACCAUUUAACACCAGCGUGAGCGAGGGAGCAGCGAUUUACACUUCCAUCUAUCAAGUGCGGGCGCAAGACUCUGACAGCGGCCGCAACGCUCUCCUUACAUACAGCAUCACUGCCGGUAACACUGAUGGAGCGUUCUACAUUAAUGAGACGUCAGGUGUGCUUCAGGUGAACAGGCCUCUGGAUAGAGAGAGAGUGGCUGAAUACAGACUCACCAUCACCGUCAAAGACAACCCAGACAACCCUCGCAUCGCACGCAGGGACUCAGAUUUGUUGGUAGUUGCCGUGCUGGAUGUGAAUGACAACAGGCCCAUCUUCACCCAGACCAGCUACAGGGGCGAAAUCAGUGAAAACUCACUCAACGGCACCACAGUGUUGAUCCUGAACGGCCCUGUUCUAGCAGAGGACAGAGACAUUGGGGUGAAUGCAGUGGUGAGGUAUCGUCUCCUGGGAGCCAGAGUGGACCUCUUCUCGAUAGACUCCCUCACAGGGCUGGUAUCAGUGCGUGGGGGUGCUGUUCUGGACCGGGAGGCUUUCUCUGUGCCUCGGGUGGAGCUGUUUCUACUCGGGGAGGAUGUGGGAGGUUUAAACAGCAGCGUUCCACUCACAAUCACUAUCCUCGACAUAAACGACAACCCACCUGUCUUCAAUCCAUCCAGUUUCACUGUACACCUGCCAGAGAACAGCCCCACGGGUGUGGUAGUAACGCAGCUCUCGGCGAGUGACGCUGACGCCGGCUCUAACGGUUGGUUGCAGUAUCGAUUAGACACCGGCGCUCAAGACCGUUUCAUCGUUGACGCUCUCUCUGGUGCGGUUCUGGUCGGCAAUGCUACACUGGACCGGGAGGAACGUAGCUCGUACCGCCUGGUAGUCAUAGCAACUGACCGAGGCACGCCCUCUCUCUCCGGGACGGCGACAUUGUCUGUUGUUCUAGAUGACAUCAACGACUCACGUCCUCGUUUCAUACGGCCCGUGCAGACGAUCAGCGUCAACGAGUCAACUCCACCUGGAGAGGUUGUAGCUACGCUCACCGCCGAGGACCCUGAUCUACGACCCCGCCUGGAGUAUUACAUCAUCUCUGUGGAAGCAAAGGAUGAUGGGAAUAAUCCAGUGGAUGGGCUGCAGCAGUCGUUUGGGAUUGACUUCCACACAGGGGCUGUGUUUGUACGAAACCCCUUGAACCGAGAGCUGGUUGCCACUUUUGAGAUCAUCGUUUCAGUGCAUGACAACGCCAGUGAUGUCAUUGACAUGUCAGUCAGUGUACCUAACGCCAAAUUGACCAUCAACGUGCUGGACGUGAAUGACAACGCUCCUCGUUUUCGCCCUUUCGGCGUGGCGAACUUCUCCGAGAGGAUUCUGGAGGGUGCUGUGGCUGGUACCACACUUCUGUCGGUGACAGCUGUUGAUCCUGAUAAAGGACCCAAUGGACAGAUCAUCUACCAGCUCCUGCACCUGCCCCGUGGAGACUACAUUAGACUUGAAGAUCCAUCUACAGGUAAAAUUGUGGCCAAUCGGACGGUAGAUUAUGAACAAGUGCAGUGGUUGAACUUCACGGUGCGUGCUCAGGACUAUGGCUCACCUCCUCGCUUCGCUGAACUUCCUGUCUAUCUGCGCAUCGUCGAUGUCAACGACAACAACCCAGUCUUUCAACAACCUUUAUAUCAGAAGUCCAUUUUUGAGGAUGUUGCACUCGGCACCAUUAUUGUGAGCGUGAGUGCGACAGAUGCAGACUCUGGCCUGUUUUCUGUCAUUGAAUACGGGCUAGUGGAUGGAGAGGGCAGGUUUGGCAUCACACCCUCUACGGGUGACAUCUACGUCCUGUCUGCUCUAGACAGAGAGACCAAAGACCGGUACACUCUCACAGCCUUUGCCAGAGACAACCCUGGCGGCAGCCCCAACAACCGCAGAGAAAACUCCGUCCAGGUGCAGCUGACUGUGAUGGAUGUAAAUGACUUCCGUCCACGUUUCUCAGAGAGAGUCUUCACCACUAGUGUGUUCGAGAACGAGCCGGUUGGGACGUCGGUGAUCACACUGAAGGCCACUGACCUCGAUGAGGGCGAGAAUGCAUUGCUUACCUACAGUCUACAGGGCCCUGGAGCGGAUGCGUUCUCUCUGGAUCCUGACACUGGGCUGAUUCGCUCCCUGAGGUUACUGCAGAGUUUUGAGAGGUUUAAUCUGACUAUGGUGGCGACCGAUCAUGGCAGACCUCCCCUCUGGGGCACCGCCAGUCUUCAGAUCACCGUCAUAGAUGUCAAUGACAACAGGCCUGUCUUUGUGCGGCCUGCCAAUGGCACUAUCAUGCAUAUACUAGAGGAACAGCCUCCUGGACUGGUGGUGUAUGAAGUGUUCGCCACAGACGAGGACGAGGGGGUGAAUGGAGAGGUCCGCUACAGCUUCCUUCAGACUGGAGCCGGAAACAGAGACUGGGAGAACUUCCAUAUCGAUGCAGUGACGGGAGUGAUCACCACUGCGGUUAAACUGGACAGAGAGAAACAAGCACUGUACAGCCUUGUAGUAGUGGCGUAUGACCUUGGACAGCCAGUCCCAUAUGAGACCAUGCAGCCGCUACAGGUGGCUCUGUCUGACAUCGAUGACAAUGAACCCGUCUUCCUUAAACCUCCGAGAGGAAGUUUGCCGUAUCAGUCUCUGUCGGUACCCGAGCACUCGUCUCCUGGGACUGUUGUGGGUAACGUGACGGGUGCAGUCGAUGCAGACGAGGGCUCUAAUGCUAUCGUCUACUAUUUCAUCGCAGGAGGCGAUACUGAAGGAAACUUUGUUAUGAGUGUGGCCGGGGUUUUACGCGUCAAGAAAGAUCUGGAUCGGGAAGAAAUUCCAAUGUAUUCCAUAAUCGUUAAAGCUUCCAGUAACCGAAGCUGGACACUUCUGAGAAGUCAAAGGUCACAGCGGGCCCGAAUACUCGACCUGAGCCGUGAUCCCACAUUACAGGAAGUAAGAAUCUUCCUUGAGGACAUCAACGACCAGUCUCCAAGAUUCACAAAGCUGGAGUACACCGCAGGUGUGGCUGCAGAUGCUAAAGUUGGCUCUGAUCUGAUCCGGGUUCAAGCGAUCGAUAAUGACAUCGCCAACAACAGUCUUGUUCUUUAUCACAUUCUGUCCAUCCGCUACAUCAAACUUCAUUCCAAUGACUCUGAAGACAUGGGCAACGUCUUCAUCAUCGGUGAGACUGAUGGAAUCAUCCGUACGUUUGACCUGUUCAUGGCAUAUGAUCCGGGUUAUUUUGUGGUGGAGGUGCUGGCGAGAGAUCUGGCCGGACACAGUGACGUGGCUCUGGUGGGCAUUUACAUUCUGAGAGAUGACCAGCGGGUGAAAAUCGUCAUUAAUGAGAUACCGGAGCGUGUCCGGCUGUUUCAGGAGGAGUUUAUAAACCUGCUCUCAAACAUCACAGGAGCCAUAGUCAACACUGAUGACGUACAGUUUCAUGUGGAUAAGAAGGGAAGAGUGAACUUUGCUCAAACUGAUGUUCUGAUUCAUGUGGUCAACAAGCAGACAAACCGUAUUCUGGAUGUGGAAAAGGUGAUUCAAAUGAUCGAUGAGAACAUGGAGCAGUUGAGGAAUCUGUUUCGAAACUACAACGUUUUGGACGUUCAGCCUGCCGUGACUGCACGCGCACCUGAUGACCUCACUACUUUACAGAUGGCCAUUAUCAUCUUGGCAGUUUUACUCUUCCUUGCCGCCAUGUUGUUUAUCCUGAUGAACUGGUAUUACCGCACAGUGCACAAAAGGAAGCUGAAGGCAAUUGUUGCCGGCUCCACAGGAAAUCAGGGCUUGAUGGAUAUUCUGGAUAUGCCCAACACUAACAAGUACACGUUUGAAGGAGCGAAUCCUGUGUGGCUGGAUCCUUUCUGCAGGAAUCUGGAGUUAGCCGCACAGGCGGAGCAUGAGGAUGAUCUUCCCGAAGACCUGAGUGACAUCGCUGACCUCUGGAACAGCCCGGCUCGCACACACGGCACAUUUGGACGUGAGCCUCAGGCCUCUAAACCAGAGGAUGACAGAUAUCUACGAGCUGCCAUUCAGGAGUAUGACAACAUUGCCAAACUAGGGCAAAUCAUGAGAGAGGGACCCAUCAAGCUGAUCCAAAGUGACCUGGAUGAUGAUGACGAUGAGCGCAUUGGUGUCGGGGGUCGAGGAACCCUUCGCUUCAAGCACAAGCUCCCGAUCGAGCUCAGGGGUCCUGACGGGGUGCACGCGGUUCACGGCAGCACGGGCACGCUUUUGACCUCUGACCUCAACAGCCUGCCUGAGGACGACCAGCGGGCUCUGGCGCGCUCCCUCGAAGCCCUGCACGCUGACAGCGGACUGUAUGCCGAACGCAACGCCCGAACAGAGUCCGCGAAAUCAACUCCUUUACACAGAAACAAGGGCAGCGACACUCUGUCCGAGAGUCCGUUAGAGAUCACAGAAUUAUGACUAGCCGAGGCCUCGCUGGUCUGAGAAAACCACAGGGUGCACGCCACUCCUGGCUCUUUGGUUUCCUGAGGAGAGUUGAGGUUUGUAAGGGCCAGGUGUGAGGAGGUGUAGAUGUGUGUGACGACCUAAAGAAGGGCAGUUUAUCUUGUCAGGGCUAUUCAAAGAGCACUAAGACUUUAACCACACACUCAAACUACACUAUGAGAAACCAAUGCACUCUCAGACCAGUGGAAGGCCAAACACGGACACUAGUUUUUAUUUAGUUACUAUUUCGUAUUUGAAUGGGGCACCAGUGAAUAACGUGGUGAUGUUUGUAUAAUCGACGAUUUGAGCUGCUUAUGAGAGUAUGUCUCUAGGGCUUUUCACAUCACAAUUAACCCAGGGUUAAGUAACAUUUCACACUUGUAAUUUGGACUGAAGCCAGAACAGGAUCAGUACAGUAUAUUGCAGUGCCAGGGGUAUGUAGUGUGAAACAGUGCAGUGAUAGGAAGUAUUGAGGAGUUUAGCCACAGACAACCAAUCUUAAAUGAAAUCAUUGAAAUAUUCAUGCACUUCAUAUGGCCGCCGGAAGGAUCUUUUUACACUGUUUAGUAGAAAAAGUUGAUAUUUAACAAGGCUGAAGAGUGAUGGUAAACAUGUUAACUGGAGAGAUUAAGAAACAGUAUUAUUUUAUUCAUUUUUAAUGUUUUUUUUUAUCUAUAAUAUUUUUCUGAAGACUUGUGGUGUGUUCACACUGAAUGCGAAUAUAAUUAUUUGCGUGAGUAGAUUACAUACAGUCAAUAGUCAAUACAAAGACGCGAAUAGACGCAUUUUACGUCGCAAAUUACGUGACUUUGCCGCGAAUGUCUUGUGCGCAAGUUGAAAAACUUGAACUCGGGGUAGAUUCAAGCGUCUAACAUAAGCGCAUUUGACGCUCUAUUUGCGUUCGGUGUGAACACAGCGUUAUAGGUGAGGUGUUCACGUUCACAAAGCAGAUUGGCACAAAUGUUCACUGUUUGAUGCAGGCAUCCCUAACAGGUCCCGUCUGCCAUUGGUGAGAUAUGACAGCGCAUGUUGCACUUAACAGAUUUUUCUUUUUUGAAGUGAUUCCGAUCAUAUUUCAAGCAAAUCAAAACCAUCAUGGCGAACAGUGUGCAUCUGAGGAGUCUCAGCGGAAGGAAAUAAUAUAGUUUCUAUCGGCUUUAAUACAUUGGCCAAUUUUUUUUAUUGGGCCGGUUGUGUGGUAUUCUUGACGGAUUAACAAUGUGAAAACAUGCAUUGAAAAUGACUGUUUUUUUUUUUAGACUGGGUUAACAGUUAGAUGUGAAAAGCCCAUCUCAUAUAGGCUACAAAGGAAAUACUGUACUGCAAGCUGCUCUGUACUGAUGUCCUUUACAGGCCGGAUUUAAGACUUUACAGAAAUCACCUGAUGAACUUUUUAAAAAAUUUUGAACUGUCUGAAAAAAGUGUAUCUGCAUUUAAAAAAAAUGGACAAAAAGAAGUUUCAUGGACCAAUGAGGAAACCAGUCAGCAGACCAAACACUGUUUCCACUUGAACUUACUGAGGCCACUUGUGUCUGGUCAAGUGAACCACAAAGGAAAGAA